AAUUAUGACGUAGGCUCUGCCACUUGGGCAGACCUUAGGAAAGCACCCCUCCAAAGUGCAAUGGAAGUCACUUCCCUAGGCCAUAGACCUUCUUGAUCAUUGAUCCCGCCCAGGUAAGUACGUUACUCAGUGCCAUACACUUCACUUUUAUAACUCAUUCGUCAGACCACUUUGACUCAUAUUUUCGAUGUGGGGCUAGCUCUGAGGGAUUUGGCUUUCUAAUUAAUCCAUGGUCUCUACUCUCAAGUUGCAAUAUGCUCCUUCCAAACUUGAGUCAUUAUCAACAUGUGUUGUGCUGAAUCUUGUUGCAGAACCAUAACUGAAAACAAACAAUGGUGGCUUGAGAGGGGUUGGCUACUGCUUUGGCAUGUAGAACUCUCUUCAUAUAUGCUCUUGUGUCUUCUUUGUUUUUAAUGGUACAAGAUUACACAGCAGGUGAUGUUGUUCUUUCAGUUUUUGGAUUGUACCUUUAAAAGCCAAAAAUGCUAUGAAAAAGGUAGCAAACCUUCUUGCUGAACAUUGUAAUAUGUAAGUUUUUCUACAUUGAUUUUAGCAUCUAUGAAUCAGUCAAGCCAAACCAAAAUGAAGCUGCAACAAGUUCAAAUGAUAGCAUCUAUUUCACAGGCUUUUGUUUCCUGUGUAAGUUAAUUAGGAAUGAGUUAUUUCGCCAGCAGUUAGGUAUGAACUACAUGAAUUCAAUUGAUUCUCUUGUUAAAAUAACUGUUCCCUUGAACCAGGUGUUAUGUGGGAAUCAUGUGUCCAAUUUCUUAACUACAAUGUGAUGCAAGGUUCUUGAAUUGGACAGUGCGGGUCCAUUUUGAUUUCAUGCAUAAAGCUGGUAUUUAUUCUUGGGAUUAUUUCUACCAUCCAGGAAGCUUACUACAAAGUUUACCCUAUUGAGGAAUUACAUUACAUUAAAAUACUGACAAAAUAUUGAAUUAGUCAGGUUCCGCAUUGAAGGAAAUGAUGCAGAUUUCAGUUAAUCACUUAAAUCUAUUUUGUUAGUUGUCAAACAUAACAACACACUGUGAUAGCAACAUUUGUUGAAGCUGAAGCCUUCUGUUGAAUGAAAUGGAAGAAUCAAGAUUUGUGAAGGAAAGAAUGUUGAUAUGGUUUUGGAUGAGGAGAUUCAUGAGUUGACACUGAAACUUCAGAGAUUGCACAGGAGGUCGAAAGUCAAGGAUUUAGGGGCCAGGAAGAACAGAAAUUUUGACAAGCAGGUUUCUGUUCUACAGAGGCGACUGGAGCAGAUUGGAGGGUCAUCAGAUGAGAUUUAUUUGAGGGAGUUUCAAGAGAUGGAAAACAUAAGCUUGUCAAUUAAAAGAAGUAGCAUAGCUGAUGAUAACGUUGUUGCAAGUGGAAAACUAAAUGUGGAGAUUUUGAGGAGGAAAAUGGAGGGAUUGUCAAAGGGCAUAUUAUUACAGAGAAUGGAGGAAGAGUAUAAUUCAGUGCUGUCCACUGCUAGUAAUUCUCUUGCUAGUUCUGGUUCAAAUUCCAAAAGACUUGAAUAUCAAGAUUCAUCUUGGGUACGAGUACCUCAUCAGUACAGUAACUUCACUUCUCCUUCCCUUUGA